AUGUGGGUGGCACAUUUUGCUCCUUCCCUCCUUCUCGCUCGUUUCGCCCCGUCAACUCCGCUAUGGGCAUUAGCCUUCGCCGGCGCCCUUCCAGAUUUCUUGUUUUUCGCUUUGAAUAUCGCAGGCCUUGAAUCUAGCCACAACCACUCCGUCCCAUCAACUGUCACUAUUUCGGGAUACACUUUAACAGGCUCCUCGACAGACUGUCUACCGUACCACGCCUCAUACCCUUACACUCACAGCACCUUUGGCCAGCUUGCAAUCGCUUUAGCUUUUGCGGUGACAAUUACCUUACUAUACCGGCUCCCAUUAAUAUCACUAGCCACAUUAGUCCUUGCGACGCUAUCCCAUCUCCCGCUGGACAUCGCGAUCUCCCGGGAUGAAUCUGGGGCGGGAAGAGAAUAUACAAAACCGAUUUGGAAACGUGACGCUACCGUCCCACUGCUGGAUUAUCCAUGGGGGACGUUUACAUCCGACUUUGGGAUCUUUGUAUUUGCGAUAUUGUUCCACGCUAGAACUGUUUAUCCACCUGAGGAGUAUGAGCAAAAGAGAGGGCAGCCUAAUAUUACCGCUUCUUCUUCUUCUAACGAGAAAAACUCACAGGGGGGUGUGAGGGUACUGGAGAAGAAAGAUCUGACCUAUGGAUAUUUUGGAGUAAUAUUGUUUGCAGCAGUUAUACAAGCACACUUUAGCUUCUUCGCAGCACCGGCGGAGGAAUGGUGGAUAGCUGGUGUGUUUAUGGCGGAGAUUGUGGGCUUCGUGGGUGUUUUACAUUGGUUAGAGGGGUAUACGAGGGUUGGGGCUAAAGUCGAGGAUACAAAAAAGACGAAUUAG